GCCUGUGGGCGUGGCUAUGCUAAUAAGCCAGACAGAAGCACUGCUUGUUGACAUGAUGGGAUGUAGAGCCAUAAGCAAAGACUUUGUUUUAGUGAUAGGUGGUGAUCCCCUCUGCCGUUUGGAAACAGCCACAGGUAUCUUUGUCUCUGAGCAAGCAGGCCAGGCGCCCUUUGCCCGGCUUAAUCAGUGCUAUGGAAGUGGCUGGGACUUUGGCACAGGAAGAAGCAGGGAGCGUUGACCCAGCGCAGGCUCAGAGUUAGUGAGCCAUCAAGUGAUGUGGCAGGCGGACUUUGACAGCUGCCUUUGGGGACGAGAAGGACUGAGGCCGGCAUUUAGAGCUGUAGCUGGUGGUCUCACUUUUAAACAGGAAGCCGAAGCAGGUUUGGUAAGGAAAUCUGAACGAAAGCAGGCCCUGCAGAGAGUACAAGAUGGACCCAUGCGUCCCACCGCAGCAGCCCCAGCCACAAGGGAGACAUGUUCCCCAUGUGGAAGGCUACGAGAGGGGCCCAUGGAGGGCAGUUUCCCAUGGCAUUCCACCGCCUCAAUCCAGGCACAGCAGUGAGUGGCUGUACCACCAUGAACCCUGGGCUAGGCCUCAGCCUUGGCCAGAUGCUCGAGUAGAAUACCACCAUGCCGCCCAUCACCCAAGACUCCAGGACUAUAGGAGGCCAAACUCCAGAGCAGAGUAUUAUGAAAUUGGCUAUCCCAACCAGUCAUAUUCAAGGCAAGGUUAUGAAGACCACCACCGGACCUUUGUGGAAGAUUAUGCGCAUGGCGACUACCAGAGAUACCCCCAAACCUGGCAGAGUGAGAGAGAUCCAAGACAGAGAGAUACCUGGGGUGAAGGUACAAAUUACUGGGACCAGAACUAUUACAGAGAUCAACACCGGGUAGAAAGCAGCGGCUUUGCAGAGCAUCACAAUGGGACUCCAGUUUGGUCUAAGAGGCAUGAGUCCUACGAAGAUAAUUACGUUUCAAAGAAAGAUGGCACCUAUGAUAUAAAUUACAGUUAUCCUUUGCAACAAGGACAGAUUCAGGAUGAAUUCCAGUGGAAGUUCCAGGAGAACACCAGUGUUCCAGCGCAUGAGGUUCCAUUGCCUGAGGAACCAAGCAUGCUCCAAAAGUAUAAGGAAUCGGGCCUCAGCUCGAGUAGCUAUGAGCUUAGCCAGUACAUGUACGACCCCUCCAGCCUCUACGAAGCAGCUCCCUCCAAGGACUGGAGCCCCAUUCAGGCAGCAGAAGACCUGCCAGUUCCUCUUCACCCUGUGGCACCUCUGAAGUUUCGAGUCCCCCAUGUACCUGUGUGCUUUGGAGCUGCGGGGCAGCUGGUCCGAGGAUGUCCUAAUUACCCACCAGAUGGGCAACCUGCUCUUGUCGAAAUGCACAGCUUGGAGGUGAUCCUACAUGAUACAGCUGAGCAGGAAGAACUGAGAGUUUUCCCAGGACCUCUAAUCAGGGAGGAUCUGCACAAGGUGGACGUGAUGACGUUUUGCCAGCGCAGAGCAACUGUGGGCUGUGACCUGGACUCCAGCCGAAGCAGAGAUUCUGCCCUGCUUUGGAAACUCCUCCUCCUCCUUUGCCGGCAGAACGGGUCCAUGGUGGGCUCAGAUACAGCUGAGCUGCUAAUGCAGGACAGCCGGCGCCGGGAAAGGUACAAAAGGCAAGAGCCAGCAGCCAACCUGAUCAACCUGACGGAUGAGGAGUGGCCAGUGCAGGGCUGUGGGACUCCAGACCUCCUCACAGGGGAGAUUGUCCCAAGUGCCGCCACACCAGAGCAAAGAGUGGAGAAGUUCACCAAACUCCUCUUUUACGGCAGGAAAAAAGAAGCUCUGGAUUGGGCCAUGAGAAACCAUCUGUGGGGCCACGCUCUCUUUCUAUCAAGCAAGAUGGACCCGAGGACCUAUAGCUGGGUCGUGAGUGGGUUCACUAGCACUCUGGCCUUCAAUGACCCCCUACAAACGCUUUUCCAGCUCAUGUCUGGAAGGAUACCUCAGGCAUCCCUGUGCUGCGCCGAUGAGAAAUGGGGCGACUGGAGGCCACAUCUGGCUGCUAUCCUGUCCAAUCGAGUGGGGGAGGCAGAUCUGAACUCCAGAGCCAUUGUCACCAUGGGAGAUACGCUGGCUGGAAAAGGAUUAACAGAAGCUGCUCACCUCUGCUACCUGGUGGCAGACGUCCCCUUUGGCCACUACGGAGUCAAAACAGACCGCAUGGUGUUGCUGGGCAGUAGCCAGAGCCAGACCUUUGCCCAGUUUGCCAGGACAGAGGGCAUCCACAGGACAGAGAUCUUUGAGUACUGCCAGUUGCUGAGGAGUCCCCAGGCUUUCAUUCCCUCUUUCCAGGUUUACAAGCUGAUCUAUGCCUCUCGCCUGGUGGACUGCGGCCUUCCUGCCCAGGCCUUGCAUUACUGCGAAGCGGCAGCAACAGGGCUUCUUGCUCAGAAGCAGAACACGUACCCUGUCCUCCUGGAGCAAGUGGUCAAGCUGGCCGAGCGCCUGAAACUCUCUGACCCCUGCCUGCUAGAGAAGCCCGUGCAAGAGGCGAUUUGGGAACCGGGUUGGCUUUCGGAGCUCCGAACCAGAUGUCGGCAGUGGGAGGAGGAAGGAAGUCUUUGCAAUGCCAACUGCACCCAGCCGGAAUUUCCCAGAACCAGUGGAUCAACACCAGAUUUGGCUCCCCGUUCUGAGUUUGCACAAAGCCAAGGCUGCUUGAAGGACCUGGAGCCUCAUCCUUCGACUUACCUGCCACCGGUGGACACAGCUCAGGACCAGCCCGAUGUGGGACAGAGAAGGCCUUUCUAUCCUGGGCCUCCUGUAGAUACAACUGAUGCGGGUGUGGAGACUUGUCUUCCAGGAAGUGACCACGGUUAUGUUUCCCCUCCUGGAGGACAUCCAGCUGACCUCUCCUCACAUCAGCCACCAGGGGGCACUGCGGAAUCCUGUGGCCCGUACCACUUCCUGGGUGAUCAGGAGAGCAUUCCGGAGCAUCAGAACACUUUAAAUGCCCGGACUCGGACCAUUUCUGAGAGUUCCACAAUAUCCAUGGUCGAGGAUGCCCCACAGCUCCCAGAAGCAUCAGGGGAGGAAGCCACAUCAGAGAAGCUACCACAGGAUGAAACGGAACAAAAAGAAGCAAAGGCCUCUGGGUCUGGCUGGUUCCGUUGGUUCCGAUCGAAACCCUCUAAAGAAGCUGAACCCUCCAAAAAGCAGGUGACUUCACAACCAUCCCUUCCUCCUGUGGAGGAGACAAGGCCUGCAUUAGUUCCUCCUCCAGCUGUUCCUCACCUGCCACCCACAGGUGUCAACCCUCUCCCCAAAAGCUCUCUUCGUGCCCAAACUCCACUGGGCCAUAGCAGCAGGGAAGGCUCCAUGUUUCCAGAUGCCGGAGGCCAGGCUACUUUCUCCAUCCCUGAUCAUGUGCCUCCACCCCCAAGAGGAGGGGCAGUUCCACUUUACCGUCCUGCUCAGGUUACCACGCCAGCAGCCUCAGGCACCGGCCCAAGGAUUUUUCAGCGGCGCUACCCACCUCAUCCACAAUAA